AAUUGAAGAAGAAGAAGCAGGCAUAGCGGGCAAAACAUGUGUUCACGCAAAAUCGAUGGAUGAUAAACGUUAAGAAAUUGUCGAAAGUACAAGACAACGUAUCGCAACCAAAGUUAACAACAAAAUUUAUUGAUUUUUAAACAACAAUUACGCGCUGUACUGUACUGUUCGGUGUUGUGCUCUCAUUGCUUCGUUCGACUGAAAAAGUGCAAAUUAUAAAUAGCUGGCAACAAAAAUGGGCAUUACAGAAACGCCGAAAACAGCAGCAGCAACAACAACAACUACAAUUGCGAUUGCAGCAACAACAGCAGCAGCAGGAACAACAACAACGACAGCGGCUAGUGAAAAUAAACAAAUUCUGACGUUGGAUAUAUUUCAGGAGAUAUUCAAGCAUGUCGAGCCGGAUGUGCAAAUCGAAACUUUCGAGCUAACGCAAGGCUCGGACCGGGGUGAUAACUAUACGGCAGCACUGUAUCGCAUCAAGUUGAAUGGGCAGCGUCACAGUUUAGAUGGCGGCGAACACAAAUGGGAGCAGAACGUCAUCUGCAAGGUGCUGCCAGAGAGCGUUGUCCAACGUGAGGCCUACAAGAGCGAUAGGCUAUUUCGCAAUGAAGUGGAAUUUUAUACCUCUAUUAUGCCGGAGCUACUUAAAUUUCAAGCCACCAAAACAGGUGUAGAAGCGCCUCUGUUCAAUGCCUUACCCAAGUGCUAUACAGCACGACAUGAUCUGCUUAUAAUGGAGGACCUGCGUGUGCGUGGAUUUGAAAUGUCGGAUCGCCUCAAGGGCCUUAGCAUCGAGGAGACCCAGACGGUGCUGAUGCAAGUGGCUCAGUUGCAUGCGCUGAGCUUAGCAUAUAAAUUCGAGCAUCCGCUGGAGUUCAACAAGAUGUGUAGUCUGAUUAGUGAGGGCAUUUUCUGCACGGCAAACACCAGUUGGUAUCGCAACUAUUAUGAGCGACUCACAAAGAAUGCCAUUAAAAUGGUUUCCGAUGUGCUGCCUGCGGAUUCAAAAUAUAUCCAUGCAUUGUGUGACUUUGCGGAGAGCUCCUCGUUCUUUGGCCAAAUGGUCGAAUUGGCCAGCGCCGAAUCGCCUUUAUCAGCUAUUUGUCAUGGUGAUUGUUGGGUGAAUAAUUUCUUAUAUCGCUAUGAUCCGGAAGAUCGACAACAAGUGCUCGAGGUGGCGUUGUUGGACUUUCAACUGGUGCGUUACAGUUCCAUUGCCUUGGACAUUGCCAAUCUGUUGUAUUGUUGCACCACUAAGGAAAUGCGUGACGCUCAGCUGGAGACGAUGCUCAAAAUCUACACGGAGGAAUUGUUCAGAUGGCUGGAAAUACUGUGCACUGAAUUACCUGAGCAUUGCAAUACGCUAGAAAAGUUUCAGGAUCUUUUUGCCCAGGAACUGAAAGCCUAUGGACGAUUUGCUCUGGGUCUGGCAAUGGAUAUUAUACCCAUUAGCACAUGUUCUUCGGAGGAUGCUCCGGACAUGUAUUUAAAUCGAAAUGACGACCUCGAUAAGGAUGAAGGAGCGCCUACUUUGAAUUUUCCGCCCAACGAUCUGUGUAGACAAAAGAUGUCCGAAAUUGUCGUUGAUAUGGUUGACAGAGAUAUGCUCUAAACGGCUAAA